AUGCCCGUGGGCAAAUUUGAUUAUGACUUGGAGACCUUCUUUCCUCUCUUUUCCAAAUAUAUCUACGCCCUCUGCAACAACCACGCUUCCCUAAUAUACACCACACAAUCCGUCCUCAAGGACUUCGAAGCAGACGGCGUUGUCUAUCUUGAACUUCGCACAACUCCCCGAGCAAUCCCUUCAGCAGACAUCACCAAAGAUGACUACGUCCGAGCAAUCCUCGAAUGCAUCAAAAGCUUCAACGCAUCCUCCACCAUGAAAACUAACCUAAUCCUCUCGAUCGACCGUCGAAACGACAUCGACACCGCAAUGCACGUUGUCGACCUCGCAAUCGCAUACCACACCCAAGGUGUAGUAGGAGUUGAUCUGUGCGGCGAUCCCGCCGUGGGGGACGUCUCCAUCUUCAAACCAGCAUUCACCAAAGCAUCGCAGCACGGGCUGAAAAUCACUCUCCAUUUCGCAGAAUGCCCACAAUCCUCAACGCAGAAGGAGCUCUGGACUCUACUUUCUUUCAACCCGGACCGCCUCGGUCAUGUUAUCCACGUCCCCGAUGACGUAAAGCAAGAUAUCACGAAGCGGGAACUGGGCCUUGAGCUCUGCCUGAGCUGCAACGUCCAUGCAAAGAUGAUUACGGGCAGCUUUGGGGAUCAUCAUUUUGGGUGGUGGAAGGAGAAAGCCGGUUGUGCUAUUGCAUUAAGUACGGAUGAUGUGGGGGUUUUUGGAAGUAGCCUUUCAAAUGAGUAUGCUCUCGUCGCAGAGCACUUUGGCCUAGAUCGGAAGAAGAUUUACAAACUGGCUAGGGCGCCAAUUGAGAUUAUUUUCGGGGGUGAGGAGGAGAAGCAGAGGUUGAGGGGGAUUAUGUGGGAAUGA